AUUGUCAAAUUUUCGCGCCAACCGAAAAGUUUACAGCAUUGUUUCAAUACACGAGUCGCAUAUAAUAACGCUUCAGUUUUGUGCUCCGGAUAUAAAGUUAAAAAAUUAAUUUCGUUUUGUUUGUUCUAAGUUUAUUUUGUUGAAAAAAGUGUGAAAAAGUCCUAAAAGAAUGUCUGACACACCGAGCUCACCUCCACCGUCGAUGGAAGCCGAACGUCGCGAAUUGCUGCGUAAUCUAAUGACAUCGCCAGUCGAAGAUUUCGAACCAUUUGAAAAUGAAGAUGAAAUUCUUGGCGACACAACCGUGCGCCAAGAAGAUGAAGAGGAAGAAGAUGGAGAGGAAUUGUUCGGCGAUAACAUGGAAAAUGACUAUCGCCCCAGACCAGAAUUGGAUCACUAUGACAUGGAUCAAUUGGACGAAGACGACUACAGCGAUAUAUCACAGGGUGAUCGACGUGCGGCCGAAAGAGAAUUGAAUAAGCGUGAUCGGGCAAUGGGCAUUCAUCGUGAUGAACGUAAUUUGGUGUACGAUCAAAGUGACGAUGAAGAUGAAAUACCGCGUUUGAAGCGGCGCAUGGCCGAAAAGGCAAUGGAAACGGAAACGGAAGACACCGAAAUGAUUGAAUCCAUCGAAAAUUUGGAAGACACCAAAGGUUAUUCGACAAAGGAAUGGGUUUCGAUGUUAGGACCACGCACCGAAAUCGCAAAUCGUUUCAAGAGUUUUUUGCGUACAUUUGUUGAUGAGAAAGGACAGUAUGUGUACCGUGAUGCAAUUCGUCGGAUGUGCGAACAGAAUCGUGCCAGUUUUGUGGUAUCGUAUUCGGAUUUGGCCAGCAAAGAGCAUGUUCUUGCUUACUUCUUACCGGAAGCCCCAUCUCAAAUGUUGGCAAUUUUCGAUAAUGUAGCCAAAGAUAUGGUGCUCAGCAUUUUCCCAACAUAUGAUCGUGUUACCAGCGAUAUUCAUGUUCGUAUUUCGGACUUGCCACUGAUCGAAGAGCUCCGUACAUUCCGUAAGUUGCAUUUGAAUCAAUUGGUUCGUACAUUGGGUGUUGUCACCGCAACAACGGGCGUCAUGCCACAAUUAUCGGUCAUCAAAUACGAUUGUGUGAAGUGUGGUUACAUCCUCGGUCCAUUUGUUCAAUCACAAGAUACCGAAACCAAACCUGGCUCGUGUCCGGAGUGUCAAAGUGGUGGCCCAUUCUCAAUCAAUAUGGAACAAACGGUUUAUCGUAACUACCAAAAGAUCACAAUGCAAGAGUCACCCGGUCGCAUUCCAGCCGGUCGAAUUCCACGAAGCAAAGACUGCAUUCUACUGUCGGAUCUAUGCGAUAUGGCCAAGCCUGGUGAUGAAAUCGAAGUGACCGGUGUUUAUACAAACAACUAUGAUGGUUCAUUGAAUACUGAACAUGGUUUCCCCGUUUUCGCUACGGUCAUUCUGGCCAAUCACAUCGUUGUGAAGGACAGCAAACAAGUAGUUUCUUCGUUGACCGAUGAAGACAUUGCAACCAUUCAAAAGCUGAGCAAGGAUCCACGCAUCGGUGAACGUGUGAUUGCUAGCAUCGCUCCAUCUAUCUAUGGUCAUGAUUUCAUCAAGCGAGCCCUUGCAUUGUCAUUGUUUGGCGGUGAAUCGAAAAAUCCGGGCGAAAAACAUCGUAUUCGAGGUGACAUCAACAUUUUGAUUAUGGGUGAUCCAGGUACCGCCAAGUCGCAAUUCUUGAAAUAUACUGAAAAAAUUGCACCACGAGCUAUAUUCACCACUGGCCAAGGAGCUAGUGCUGUCGGUUUGACGGCCUACGUGCGGCGUAAUCCAGUUUCAAAGGAAUGGACCUUGGAAGCUGGAGCUCUUGUGCUUGCUGAUCAAGGAGUCUGUUUGAUUGAUGAAUUCGACAAAAUGAAUGAUCAAGAUCGUACUUCAAUUCACGAAGCCAUGGAACAGCAAUCGAUUUCGAUUUCCAAAGCUGGUCUUGUGACAUCGCUUCAGGCCCGUUGUGCCGUCAUCGCAGCUGCCAAUCCAAUUGGCGGUCGAUACGAUUCAAGUAUGACAUUCUCCGAGAAUGUCAAUUUGUCGGAACCAAUUUUGUCUCGUUUCGAUAUUUUGUGCGUUGUGAAAGAUGAAUUUGAUCCGAUGCAAGAUCAACUGUUGGCCCAAUUCGUUAUCAAAUCACAUCAGAAACAUCAUCCAAACUAUGCUCAAUCGAAUGACCUGAACUCACAGCAAUCACAAAACACUAGCAAUGCUUUGGAAAUACCACAGGAUUUGCUGAAAAAGUACAUUGUCUACUCAAAAGUUAAUGUUCGCCCAAAACUCACGAAUAUGGAUCAAGACAAAAUCGCAAAAAUGUAUUCACAAUUGCGUCAAGAAUCGUUGGCCACGGGCAGUCUUCCGAUUACAGUUCGUCACAUCGAGAGUGUGAUUCGUAUGUCAGAGGCGCAUGCAAGAAUGCAUCUUCGUGAUUCCGUACAAGAGGUCGACGUGAACAUGGCCAUUCGAAUGAUGUUGGAGAGUUUUGUCGAAGCGCAAAAAUUCAGUGUAAUGAAGAAGAUGCGUUCGACAUUCCAGAAAUACCUAUCAUUCCAAAAGGAUCAUUCGGAAUUGCUGUACUUCAUAUUGCGUCAAUUGACACUGGAACAAUUGGCAUACAUUCGAUGCAAAGACGGUCCAUCCGCCACUCAUGUCGAGGUGUUGGAAAAAGAUCUAACCGAACGCGCAAAAUCCAUCAACAUUUUCAAUUUCAAAGACUUCUACGACAGUGACACAUUCAAAACGCAUGGCUACGUUUACGAUGCCAAACGCAAAGUUAUAUUGCAAGUGGUUCCCGAGGCAGGCGUUUAAAUACUAAAUCAUUUCCCAUCUCUCAGGCUCACAUUAUUCAUUAUUCUACUGCAUUGUUUAAUGUUCAUAUACUCAUUCCCAAAUGCCUGUUUAUUGGUUUUCUUUUUUUUAUCUCAAUACAUUAGCUCAUAGACCCGUCGUAAUGAACAAUCUGAAGUAAUUUAUGCACUCGUUAAAAUUAAGUUGACAUUAUUUUUAGUUAUCGUUUUUUUCUCUUUUUCAUUUUUUUUCUAAAUAGAUUUUAGUGUCUUUUUUCUUUUUCGUUUUAUUAAAUUUAUACGAAAUACAAAUGUUGAAUUAAAAAACCCAAGGUAUUUGAACUGAGAAAAAGUA